GAGGUGGUUUAUCUGAAGCACGAAUAAAUGCUAUAAAUAGCUCAUUGUUAAAGGCUUUUGUAGUUUGUGGCAUUCCAUUUUCAGUGGUUGAAAAUCCAUUUUUUAUCGACCUUCUUCAAAAUUUGUGUCCAAACUAUCAACCACCAUCAAAAGAAGUAUUAGCAGGUCGAUUAUUAGACCAAGAGCACUCUAAAAUUAUAGUAAAGCGGGAAGCUAUAUUUCAAGAAUCAAAAAAUUUAACUAUAG